ACGUUGCUUUUGGCACAGCUGCUCCCGGUGACCACCUGCUGCUGACAACCAUGAGGGCCGUCUUUAUUGUGUUGCUGGCAGCGGUGGCUGCUGGCCAAGAAUUACAACGAACGCAGUACACCACAGCUGUGCGACUGGCCGCCCCGGGAUUCUUCUCCUUCUCUUCUGGUUCUGCUAACCGAUUCCAGGGCAAUUCCUUUUCUUCCGCCGGAAACUUAAACAACCAAUUCCAAGCAAACGGUCUUCAAAAUAAUCAAGGCUUUUCCUCUGGGGGCGGUUCUGGUUCAUUCCAGAACAGCCAGAGAGGAAGCUUUAGGUCAAGUCCUCUUGUGGGAAGCAGCAGCCCAUCUGGUUCUUUCUCAAGUCAAGCCGGAAACCAGUUUGGCGUUUCUGGAGGCAGAUUCAACUUUUUCCAAACCCAAGGAAGUAAUUUCCAAUCGGGCAGCAGCAACCAAAAUUCAGGAGGAUCAUUCCAGUUUGGUUCACCUGCUGUUAAACUUGCUGGUUCUGACGCAGGGAAUGGCUUCAGUCAGCCUGGAUCAUUCCAAAACAAUCAAGGCCAACAAGGACAACAACAGGUUUCGGUCAAACUUGCAGGAUCUUCAUUCCAAAGCAGCUCCUUCCAGAACAAUCAAGGUGGCACAGGCAUCCGAGGAAGUGCUGGCAGUGCCGUUGGACCUGCAGGCAGCCAGAGAGGAACUAGCACCGUAUUUAGAGCUGGAGGAAGCCAAGUAGGUGUUGGCAGUGGAGUCAGCCAGGGAAGUUCUGGUGGCGCUAUCAGUGCAGGAACUGGAACAGGAAACCGCCAAGGAAGUACUGGCAGCGCAUUCACAGCUGGAGGCAGUCAGAGAGGUGGAAGCACUUUUGGAGCUGGAGGAAGCCAAAGAGGUUCUGGCAGUGUAUUCGGAAGUGCAACUGGAGGCCGACAACAAAGCUUUGGCAGUACAUUCAGAGCAGGAGCUGGAAGUUCCCAAGGGAGUACUGGUAGCACAUUUGGACCUGGAACCAACCAAGGAGGCACUGGCAGCGGCUUUGGAGUAAGUCAGCAAGGAGCUACUGGCAGUGUGUUCCAAGCAGGAGCUGGAGGUCGCCAACAGAGUUCUGGCACCACAUUCAGAGCAGGAGGUGCUGGCAGUGGAUUUGGAACCGGAACUGGAGGCCAACAAGGAGCUGGCAGUAGAUUCGGUGCUGGAGGCAGUCAGGGAGGUUCUGGUAGUGGUUUUGGAUCAGGAGCUGGAGGCCAACAAAGUACUGGCAGCAGAUUUGGAGCUGGAGGUAGUCAAGGAAGUUCUGGCAGUGGAUUUGGUGUAGGAACUGCAGGCCAACAAGGAGCAGGCAGUAGAUUCGGUGCUGGAGGUAGCCAGGGAGGUUCUGGUAGUGGAUUCGGAGCAAGCACUGGAGGCCAACAAGGUGCUGGCAGCAGAUUUGGAGCUGGAGGCAGCCAAGGAGGAGCAGGAGGCAGCCGAGGAGGUGCUGGCAGUGGUUUUGGAUCAGGAGCUGGGGGCCAACAAGGUGCUGGCAGCAGAUUUGGGGCUGGAAGCAGCCAAGGAAGUUCUGGCAGUGGAUUUGGAUCAGGAAUUGGAGGCCAAGGUGCUGGCAGCAGAUUUGGAGCUGGAGGUAGCCAAGGAGGCGCAGGAGGCAGCCGAGGAGGUGCAGGAGGCAGUGGAUUUGGAUCAGGAGCUGGAGGCCAACAAGGUGCUGGCAGCAGAUUUGGAGCUGGAGGUAGCCAAGGAGGUGCAGGAGGCAGCCGAGGAGGUGCUGGCAGUGGAUUUGGUGUAGGAACUGCAGGUCAACAAGGUGCUGGCAGCCGAUUUGGUGCUGGAAGCAGCCGAGGAGGUGCAGGAGCUGGAAGCCAAGGUGCUGGUAGCAGAUUCGGUGCUGGAGGUAGCCAAGGAGGUGCAGGGGGCAGUGGGUUCGGAGCAGGAGCCGGAGGCCAAGGUGCAGGAAGCAGAUUUGGUGCUGGAGGCAGUCAGGGAGGUGCUGGAAGCGGGUUCGGAGCAGGAGCCGGAGGCCAACAAGGUGCAGGCAGCAGAUUCGGUGCUGUAGGCAGUCGAGGAGGCACAGGCAGUGGCUUUGGCACUGGAAGCAGUCAAGGAGGAGCAGGCAGUGCAUUCGGAGCAGGAGCUGGAGGCCAGCAAGGUGCAGGCAGUAGAUUCAGAGCUGGUAGCGGCCAAGUAGGUGCUGGCAGUGGAUUCGGUGGCUGGCAGCUGGAAGUGGAUUCGGAGCUGGAGGUGCUGGCAGUGGAUUCGGAGCUGGAGGUGCUGGCAGUGGAUUCGGAGCUGGAGGUGCUGGCAGUGGAUUCGGAGCUGGCGGCGCUGGUGGAUCAUUCCUAAGUAGUCUUGGGAAUGCAGGGUCUGUUUCAGGCUUUGAAGACCUACAGUAUGCUGAUGGAAUCUUCGAGCCCUUGAACCUCCCAGCAGGAGCCACUGCUUUGUUAGGAGACAUCUCGACGUCCUUCUCUUGUUCUGAACGUCCUUAUGGUUACUAUGCUGACCAGGACAACUCCUGCAAUAUCUUCCAUAUCUGUUAUCCUGCACUCUUCUCCAAUGGUGCCAUUGAAACUUAUCAAUACAGCCUACUGUGUGGUGAGGGCUCCGUGUUCGACCAGAAACAGCUGACUUGCGUAGAACCAUCAGAAGCUAUCCCAUGCCAGGAGUCGUCUAACUUCUUGUACGUAAAUGAACAAUUUGGCCGCCCUGAAGAAAAGGGCAUUUGAAAGCCCUCAAGAUGCUCACGACAACGACCAUGAAUAAGAAAUUCUCCUAGGAAAUAGUACAAGUGGUUUAUGCAACAUGUUUAUAGGUAACACUAGCUAAUAAAUUGCAUGUCCUA